AGUUCAACUCGCUCUGUGUUGAAGUCGCAUCCCCGGACACCGAACCAUGAACCCCAUGAGAAUUCUGAGCCUUCUGGCUUGCCUGGCGGUCGCCGCCAUGGCCAAGCCCAAUAACCGCAUGGACAACUCCGUCAACCAGGCCCUGAAGCCCUCCCAGUGGCUGUCCGGCUCCCAGCUGGAGAACAUCCCGGCCGUCGAUGAUCUGACCAUGGAGCGUCUGGAGAACAUGAGCCUGGAGAGUGGCGCUGAGCUGGUGCAGCAAGUUUACCACCUGUCCCAGAUCCACCACAAUGUGGAGCCCAACUUUGUGCCCAGCAACAUCCAGGUUUAUGUGCCCAAGCCCAAUGGCCAGAAGACCGUCGCCCCCCUGAACGAGAUGAUCCAGCGCCUGAAGCAGAAGCAGAACUUUGGCGACGAUGAGGUGACCAUCAUUGUGACCGGCCUGCCCCAGAACACCGAGACCGUCCAGAAGGCCACCCGCAAGCUGGUCCAGGCUUACAUGCAGCGCUACAACCUCCAGCAGCAGCGCCAGCAGGCCAAGGCCGGGCAGGACUACGAGGACAGCAACGACAAGAAGAACCAGCGCACCAGCAGCGAGGAGGACUCCAGCGAGGAGGCCAAGAACGGCAAGACCCAGAGCGGCGAUAUCAUUGUUAUUGACCUCGGCUCCACCCUGACCACCUACAAGCGUUACGCCAUGCUCGACAUCGAGAAGACCGGCGCCAAGAUCGGCAAGUGGAUCGUGCAGAUGGUUAAUGAACUGGACAUGCCCUUCGAGACCAUCCACCUGAUUGGCCAGAAUGUGGGCGCCCACGUUGCCGGAGCCGCUGCCCAGGAGUUCACCCGCCUGACCGGCCAAAAGCUGCGUCGCGUCACUGGUUUGGACCCCUCCAGCAUUGUGGCCAAGAGCCGCAACACCCUGACCGGUCUGGCCCGCGGUGAUGCCGAGUUCGUCGAUGCCAUCCACACCUCCGUCUACGGCAUGGGCACCCCCAUCCGUUCCGGCGAUGUUGACUUCUACCCCAACGGACCCUCGACCGGUGUUCCCGGUGCCAGCAAUGUCGUGGAGGCCGCCAUGCGUGCCACCCGCUACUUCGCCGAGUCGGUGCGUCCCGGCAAUGAGCGCAGCUUCCCCGCCGUCCCCGCCAACUCCCUGCAGCAGUACAAGCAGAACGAUGGCUUUGGCAAGCGCGCCUACAUGGGCAUCGAUACCGCCCACGAUCUGGAGGGUGACUACAUCCUGCAGGUGAACCCCAAGAGCCCCUUCGGUCGCAACGCUCCCGCCCAGAAGCAGAGCAGCUACCAUGGCGUCCACCAGGCGUGGAACAACAAGGACAACAAGGACUACGAAUAGGACACACGCCGAGCACUGAUGGCCCAACCAGCCGCCAAGUCAACACCAAACACACAACACAACGACGCUUCCUGUGGAGCAACCCGUAGUCCCUAAGUUCAAACCGAAUUGGCCUUUUUGUAGCAAACUUGUAACGAGCAGAUCGCAAAAUUCAACUCGCAAAUAAACGCUGACGACUCUCUUUGACAGAGGGCCCAAACGUA